UCUGACAGUCUGGUAGAGGAGUAUGUUAUUGUUGCAAAGUUUUACAAAGUAAGGGUGUUCGAUUACUACUUUUAGCAGUGGGCGAUAUGAGACAAGUAUUUUUAAAUGGCAUGAGGAAAUUUUGGAUUGUUAAUGUUUACGAAACAUAAUAUAAAAUGAAGUACCCACUGUCUUGAUGAUGAGAGUUAAAUAUUAUAAAUCUGACUACUUCAAGAAUUUUUAUUUAUUUGAUGUAGGCAAUACAUGAGAUAAUGGAAAAGGAACAGAGUGAGAAUGUUGAUAAAAAAGAGGCAAAGAAGGAGUCAGAGUUUGUAAAUCUAGGUUUGUCCACUGGAGAAUCUUUAGAUAUCUUACAAAGAGAUAUCAAACGAGUGAUAGAAGAAUAUGAAAUAGAAUGUAAAAAGAACAAGAAAUAUAAAGGAUGGUUGAAAGAUGCUUUGCAUCAUAAGAGUCAAUAUACAACAUUUUGUUGGACAUCAGCAGUGGCACUUCUGAUAAGUGCUACCUUGUUAAUAAUAUCUUUUUUUACAGAAGAUAAUCUUGAAUACUCCUACUGGCCUUGUGAAGGAAUUAUAAUUAUUUUUCUUAUGUUGUUCAACUGUAUUUUAGUAAUCUCAGAUAACAGACUACGUCAUCUUGAAAUUCUCUACAGAGUUAAAAAUUUAAUUAAACAGCUGGAUGUUGCAAAAGCAAAGUGCUAUUGGCAACCAGAAAAUUACCCACAUAUAUGUAGCCCUCUGUCACCUUGCAUCACUCUUCAAUGGACAUAUCGAGAUGGUCAUGUAGUAAAUUUACCAUGGGCUCUUUUGGUGGCUGGUGAUGUCCUCGUGAUGAAACCAGGACAGCAAGCACCUGGUUUUUGCACUCCUUAUGAUGCGAGUGAUCUAGAGGCCCCAGUCUUACACGCUCGCGAGAUCUACAGUCCACAAGUACACAGUGGCAGCGGGGCGUUCACCGUACCACAGGCUCGUGCCCCGUUAACUAACAAAAUCUACAAGCUGCAAGAAACACCUUACCUAACAAAUGUUCGCUUGGCUCUGGAUCAAGCUUUAGAUCGGCCUGUAACUUAUCACAAUCGCGAGCGACACUUAGUCAUGAUCUGCUGCAUCGAGCAAAUUAUCUAUCCUGCCCUCUUAUUACUUAUAAUUCUGUUCAACCUCGUGCGAUACCUUUACCUAUACGAUUAUAUCGGCGUGGGACACUGGACCAAGAUGUUUCUCUUGCAACCUGUCGCUGUGACUCUUCCUCUGUUGCCUAUUGCCUUUCCUUUCUGGUGGAUUGCCCUCAAUUGUUUUGGUAUGGCCAGGUUCAAAGCACUUUUUAGACUUUAUCAGUCUUCUAAAAAGGCUCAGUUUUUAGAUCCAUUUGAAGAAACCUCGGAUCCCAAUCAUCCUGAGGUUGUUUAUAAUUGGACUGAAUUAUCCGAGUAUUUUUGGGAUAUUAUGUUCGGCAAAGAACAUAUGAUGACGAGGUCCGCUAAUAUUUUACACGUUUUAGGUUCUGUCACGGCACUAUGUUGCGUUGACAAGAAAGGAAUAUUAUCGUGGCCAAACCCUACAGCGGAAAAAGUAUUUUUUCUACGAAACGCCAAUGCCAACACGAAUCCUAACACCAAUACUGAUUCACGAACGUCGAGCAUGGCCAGUCUAAAUAAAUCCGUCGAUCCUAAUCAUCCGGGUGAGAGUACAAAGCAAGACUCGAACAGAACAUCUUUUGUGCAACAUGAAACUUCGCAUACGGUAGCCGAAGUCCUGGACCUAACGCACGAUCGAGCUUUGCCAUUCAAACUCCAGUUCGAUGAUCACUCGUGGCGUCAGCAUCUUAAUUCUCUUAAACCUCUCGGACUUGCCAUUCUUCUUAAUACUUGUAAUAUGGAAACGCAGGAGCACUAUACGCAGUUCUGUUGUCAUGUCACCUGUGAGGCGCUGUAUAAUGAAAAUCUUGUUCCUGUUACGAAUAGACGCAGCCACGCAAACAUUGAGGAGAAAUGUGGGUAUGAUACCAUACAAAGCACGAGACAGAUGUAUUAUAUCGAUGAAUCCGGAUGUCUCGGACACAUGUGGUGUUUGUGUGAGCUCGCUAAGCAGAUUGGCUUCAAGGAUCAAGCCAAAGAUAUCUUUCAACUUGAGCAGCAAUUAUCAACAUUCAGACACGUGCAACCGGAGGCGGCAAGGCGCGAUAUAAAAUUUGCUCGCUCGUUGAGCAUCGCGACAAAGCUCAAGUUUCCGUUUCCUCAUAUGGUUGCUGUAGUCGUAAAAGAGAAGAAUGGCGGUGGCUUACAACUGUUGUCGCAGGGUACUGCGGAUAUUAUUCUGGAUUCGUGUAUCGAGUUCUGGGACGGGCAUGAUUUAUGCCCUAUUUCUGAGACUGAUAAGAAAAAGGUGCAAGAUUUUUAUAACCGCACGAGUUUGACGUCCUAUUGCACGGCUUUCGCUUACAGACCUUUAACACGGAGUGUAAGUAACAAGCUGUCGCACAUUUACUUGGAACUUCCUUCAGAAAGUAAGCACCUGUACGCGCCUCACAGAAGUCCUACACCAAUACCUUGGGAUUUUAAAAAUGUGCUCGAUCCAAGAAUUAAGAGCUUGCUUGGACAAUUUCAUUCUACUGAUUCUUUAUUGUGCAAUGACACCAAAGAUGAUGAAGUGAACAGUAUCGAUAGUUGCUUCGAACUCCAGUGCAAUCAAAUCUUCAUUGGAAUGGUCACGAUGCAAUACCAAGCCCAAACCGAUAUGGUACAACUAAUAGAGCAGCUGGAACAUGCGUGCAUAAGAUUCGUCCAUUUCAGCAAAGAGAAUGAGCUGCGCUCGCGUGUCUUCUCAGAAAAAAUGGGUCUUGAGAGUGGUUGGAAUUGUCACAUAUCUCUGCUCAGCGAACGCGCGAGGAGGCAACAGUGGCUCGAGAGAUAUCCACACUUGUUCUCAGCGUAUAUGUCAGAAAGCCCGACUGGCUGGUGGGCAAGCCAGGCUGCGGCCAUGUCGUCACCACAUCGUCGUAUCCAACAACAAUCUUACUGCCAGAAUGACGAGGCCAGCCAAUUACUUAAUCGUUCCUUACCUCGCUCGAAUUUGGAUAAUCACAGGCAACUGAGCAUGUCGGCGCCAAGUGCCAUCAACACCGAGCUGUCGACCGUCAAGUUCGAGAACGAGACCACCGAGUGGAGCGCCGACAAGUCUUCGCAGCCUAAGAGUGCUCUGGGUCAUAGGUAUUCAACGGAACAAGAGACAGUGCGCAGCGAGGACAGCGUGCUAGUGCAGAGUAUCGAUUUGGGCUCCGGUCAAGAAGCCUGGCGAUCGCUCAGCUGUUUGACGGACAGCACCGAGCAGAGUGCGCCCGUCAACUUCGACCUCUCCAACAGGGCGAAGCUGCCGAGAGGCAUCGACAAGAUUCGACCGCAUAUCGAGUUGAUCGACAACGUGCCACUGCUCGUCUCGCUGUUCACCGAUUGCAAUACCGCCGUCACCCGCGAGAUGCUGCACAUCAUGCAAGAUUACGGAGAGGUUGUGUGUGUGCUUGGCUCGUCGGCCAACGCUGAAAAUAUGCCGAUAUUUAUGCAGGCGGACGCAGCUGUGGCAGUGGAGCCGCUCUACCCUCAAGUAUGCCAAAGAGUGCCUGUGCUCGCGCCUGUUCGGCCAGAGGAAGGACUUUCGCCGAUCGAGCUUAGUCGAAGCCUCAACUCGGUGUCCUGCUCGCUCAGCGUCAGGCGCGAAGACCCGAUCGCCAUUUACCACCUAGUGAUGGAGGCUCGACGUUACAUGAAGUGCCUGUGGAACUGCGUGCAAUUCUGGCUGUGCUGCAUGGUCACCCUGUCGCUGGUUCAGGCUGUCUCUGCUUUUUUGCUUUUGCCGCCGUUGUUUAGCGUCGGCCAGGUGCUCUGGCUGACUUGUCUCAUUGUGCCAUUACUCGCUGUCUCUCUCGUUGGCAGUCCCUCCGACCCUAUAAUCAUGCAACAAGCCACCGGCAAAAAUCAGUGCGGCAUCAGUGCUCAGGUUGCUCUGUUCGUGUUCUGGUGCUACGGUAGCAAAUUUUUACCCACGAUAAUCACAGUGCUACUCUGGCAGUGCGUGUCUCUACUCGUAUUGUGUUCAACGUAUGUUGGCCCCGGCGUUCAGUGUUUCUACGUCUACCCGAAUGUAACGAACAAUACUUCAUGGGGUGGCUGGGAUACCAACAGGCCCGACAUGUUAAUUGUUGUUCAAAACAUUGCUUUAGUUAUAAUUGUUUUACAUUUCGUAACGAUAUCAAUAAGCUUCGUCCAUCGAGAGUACUGUAUCUGGCGAAAGCUGCCUUUCAACAAUUGGCUGUGGUUCUCAACGGCUUUCAUAGUUAUAUGUGUGCAAGUAGCAUUUUCUGUCAGUGCGUUCUACAUCUAUUGGAGGGAGAAAGAUACAAGAGUAGCCAAUUUCCCUGUUAACUUGCCACUUUACUUUUUCGUCUCUCUUCCUUUGAUAUUUCUUAUCAACGAGUUUAUAAAGUGGCAGGAAAUCAAAGUUAACGUUAGGUACCAAAAAAGAGCUAGGCUGGAGUUCACAACGAAACUCGGCAUGAACUCGCCGUUCUAAAGCAUUCUCAAGAAGGAAAACCCGUUGGUGGAAAGUAUCAAUCGAGAUGCAUUGCAAUUGAAUGCCAAAUAUCGUCAAUUGACUGUGUAAUGUCUUUUACACGAAUUCUUUACGUUAUGGUAACUUUUAUUAUGUUUCAUUAUAAAGUUAAAAUCUCAGAGUAUUGCAGUAUCGUGUUUAAGGGGAAGUUAUAAUGUUGUUUCAUAUCACGAGAAAAUAAUGUACAAAGACAAUUUUAACGAGCCUGGCACGUUAUCGACUUUUAUUUCAUUAUGAGUAUAGAACUCGUUUUUGAAAGACUUUAGUCAAGCAUGAUAUUUUUAUGCGAUAUCAUACUGCCUUUUACCACACAAUUUUACGUAAGUUCAUCAUAUCAAUUUACAAUCGUUAUUUCCCUUUAAAUUCGUUACUUUAUGCUCGAUUUCUCGGUUAGUUCGAGUAUCAACGAAAGACUUUUAAUAAUUGCGCACAAUAAAUUGUUAAAAUUAAACAGAUAUUAUUUUUGUUUUAUGAACAGUACAUACCACAUUCGGAAAUUUUUUAUGAUACGAGAUGCAACCUCAUCAUUUUUGUAAAUUUGAAUAUACAUGUUUUUAUAAUAAUUUUGAUUACUCCUAAGAUGCGAUUACAGAUAUUAUUUUAUCAAAUGAAAAUAAUACUUUAAAAAAAUAACUUAUCCAUGUUGCAAACUUUUGACUCUGGAUAUUUCGAUUCCUAUCAUUCGAUUCUAAUGACUUUUGAUGGCAAUAUAAUGUUUCAUAAAUGUAUUUUUAUCCAAUAGAAACUUGUAAUUUUUAAUGUAUAAAGUAAUGUAAAUAGCUUAAAACUAUAUGUAAAAAACUUAAUCAUAGAUAUAUUUUAUGAUGUAAUGAUUUAAAUCAAAGUAAAAACGUCA